AUGCCAGCACCCUCCUGCAGGUACAAAAUCCUCACGUCACCACGCCAAAACCAGGUCGUCAGGCAGGGGCGACAACUCGCUGGCGACAGGGACCUCUCGGAAACCACAUCAGGGACACCUGUCCCCAACACGUCCCCAACAGAGCCAGACACGGAACUCUCAGGGACAGCUGGUCGACCACAUAAGGCGAAGACAGACGAAGAGCCAGGGCGGGAGCGGGGUCAAGGGACGCUCCCGCCCCACUACCUCGCAGGCACACACCCCGGACCAGAGUCCAGGGAGGGGAGGAGGACAAGGCGUCGGGCCCAGACAGAACUACUGGUCGACCCGACAAAGCUGCCACCCCCCGCACAGACCGGGCACCGAAGAGAGAGCGGCGACGCACGGCCCCACCCCGCGCUCGCCUGCGGGCGCAAAGUCCGACAGAACAGCCGCCCCGGCGCCACAGCGACACCACGGCGACAGUCGCGCCCGGCACCCGGCAGAGGCCGGGCCUCCGCCCGGCUCGCUGCCGCCAGACCUCCUCCUCCUCCACUCGCUCGCUCGGCUGAGAACGAGGGGACUGUCAUAUCAAAGCGGACGCCAGGGGGAGCACGACAACCGCCUUCCAACGACCGACUCCACCGAGCCGCCGUACCCCGGAUCGGCGCGCGCCGGCCGGCUCUGAGCUCCGGAGACACAGAACACGGAAACAAAUCGCCUCACUCACCACCGCCACGCACCGAGUGGCACAACCUAGGUCAGGACCUGCAGCCGGGUCCUCUCUGCGACCUCACGAACGACACCAGAGCCACCAGAGACCUAGACCGAGAUCGAGCCGCCGCCGCCGCCGCCGCCGCCGCCGCCGCCGCCGCCGCCGCCAGCGACCAAAGUGAAACCAGGAACCAGGACGAGAUUCGCCCGAACGGAGCGGCCCGAACCCGAGAACCGGGAAGCUGGGAUCGGUCCCAAGCAGGAAGGGGCGGCAAAGACGGCAGGCCCGCACCACGAGAGAAAACGAACCGGCCACCCGCACGACCUCCGCCGCCCGUGGCAAGACCCCCACCCCCGCCCAACAUGGCCAGAAAAGGGCAAAUGGAAACCAGAAAGAGAAAAAAAAAAAAAAAAAACUCCCAAAGAUGGGUCGGCUCCAGCAAGAGACGAGCCGUCGGGAGGCACCCCGCUCACUUGUGAAAGUCCGCUCCUCGCCCGCCCCACAACACACUCCCUCCCC